AUGUCUACGAGGGUCAAGCUGAAUGUCGGUGGGCAACUCUUUGAGACGAGCGCAUUUGCUGAAGAAAAACGCAACGAUCCGGUUUUCAUAGAUCGGGACCCGGAGCCGUUCCCCGCUGUGCUGCAGUAUCUUCGUGACGGGAAGAUCAGCCUGACUCGGAGCGCGUCCGAUCUCGAGCGGAUCAGGGACGAGGCUGAGUACUAUGGGAUCGAACCACUGGUUACAAAACUGAAAUACGAAGAAUCCCAUCGCGGACCGUUCUUCGCUGGUGAGAGCGUCGUGUGGAGAGAUCCGGAUAUUCGCCGUCUCUGCUCGGACAUAGGGAUCCAUUUCGACGGCUCAACGGAGAAGUUGCCGUUGUGCUUGAAUGCGUUCAGGGAAAUCCAAGGCGAGUUUCAUCUUUGUCGCCCAAUUUGCCAACUUUGA